CCGAUUAAUUCAAUUUCGAAGCCCAAAUUCAUAAUAAUCCUCAAAAAAGGAGAAAUCAAUAGAAGAAAAGAGGAGUGUAGAAAGUAAGAGCAUAAUCUAGAAUCCACCAUUUCUCGCCCAACUCCAAAACUUCCAGAAUUAGCACGAAACCGCCGGAUUUCUCCUCUCAUUGCUAUAAAUUAUCCUCCUACUUCACCUCUCCUCCCCAUCGAUCAAAGAUUUCGAGUGAUACAACACAAGUUCUCAACAAUCAAACAACAGCGCGAAUUCAUUCUUCGAUUAGAAAGCUAAAAAUGUCUCUGAUUCCGAGCUUCUUCGGCAACCGCCGCAGCAACGUCUUCGAUCCAUUCUCCCUCGAUAUAUGGGAUCCAUUCGAGGGGUUUAAUUUCCCCUCCGCCGCCAGUGAAACCACCGCGGUGGCCAACGCUCGCAUCGACUGGAAAGAGACGCCGGAGGCUCAUGUGUUCAAGGUGGAUGUUCCCGGAUUGAAGAAAGAGGAAGUUAAGGUGGAGGUAGAAGAUGGUGGAAUUCUGCAGAUCAGUGGAGAGAGAAGUAAAGAGCAGGAGGAGAAGAACGACAAGUGGCACCGCGUGGAGAGGAGCAGCGGGAAGUUCCUCCGCCGCUUCAGGCUGCCGGAGAAUGCGAAGCUGGAGCAGGUGAAGGCGGCGAUGGAGAAUGGGGUGCUGACUGUGACGGUGCCUAAAGAGGAAGUGAAGAAGCCGGAAGUGAAGGCCAUUGAUAUCUCCGGUUAAGGUUAAAUAAAUAUAAACUAUUUUCAAUGUUUGUUUUUCAAGUUUUGUGUUGUGGAAAUUGGUCUUUGUUUUCUGUGUUGUGUGUGAACGAGAUGAUAAAGUUGUGUAAUGUAUA